AUGGCUACUCCCUCUGUUACUCUCGCAUCGUUGCAAGAUACAACACAUGACUAUUACAUUCAUCCUAAUGAGAAUCCUUCAUUGGUGCUUGUUUCCCCGAUUCUUGAAGGUCACAAUUAUCAUGGAUGGGCUCGCUCGAUGUCUAUGGCACUACAAAUGAAGAAUAAAUUUGGCUUUGUUGAUGGUUCCAUUCCUUGUCCAAUUGGUACAGAUCCAAUGGUUCAAGCAUGGAAGUGUUGCAAUAAUCUAGUUUUAUCUUGGAUCAAUCAUUCUGUUUCUCAUGAGAUUGCUACAAGUAUUAUUUGGAUUGACUCUGCUGCUACGGCAUGGAAGGAUCUCAAAGAUCAUUUCUCCCAAGGUGAUUCUGUUCGAAUUUCACAAUUGCAUCAAGAUCUUUAUUCAAUGCAUCAAUCUGAUCUAAGUGUUACUGCAUAUUACACUAAAAUGAAGAUUCUCUGGGAUGAACUUUGCAAUUUUCGCCCUAUUCCUGAAUGCCAAUCUUCUGCUUCUUGUUGUAUCCUUCUCAUGGAUCCCUUGCCUUCUUUACCCAAAAUUUUUUCGAUGAUAAUUCAACAUGAGCGACAAUUACAAUCAGGAAUUCUUUCUCAACCUCCAGUCAUGGCGUCACAAGUUUCUCAAUCUAAACCUUCUUUUUCUACCUUCAAUGGCAGAGGUAAACCCUCUCCUGCCAAUGAUUAUGGCCGGGGAAGAUCUUCAUAUCAAGGUUCUCAGGCUCGUUAUCAAGGUUCUCAGGCUCGUUCCUCAGGGGGAAGGUUUGGUGCACCUCGACAAUGCACUCACUGUGGCAGGACAAACCACACCAUUGAUACUUGCUUUCUAAUACAUGGAUUACCACCUGAUCUCAAAUCCAAAAGAGUCCACAAUUUUACAACAGAUUCUUCUACAGUAGUUCCUUCUUAUAAUAAUUCUCCGGCACAAUCACAUUCCGCAAUUUUGGGACUUUCUCAAGAGCAAAUUCAUGGUUUAUUGGCACUUCUUCCUCAAUCUAAUCCCACAAUCCCACAUUCUACUAAUCUAGUGAGCUCUCAUAAUGCUUCCACUUCUUCCCAGGCUCAAGGACAAGUCAACCCUGCAGAUGAUUGGCAAAGCUUGAAGAAAGAGAUGGCUUGUAUGUCAUGA